GAAAAGAGACAUCAACAUGUCGCAAGAGCCACCGCCCCGUAUUGAACCCUAUGUGGAACCGGUCAACGGUGUUGUGCAGCCUCCGACUGUGCCGCCGCCUGAUCGGCCUGGCCGUAAUACAAACCAACUGCAGUAUCUCAUAAAGACGGUAAUGAAAGCCUUAUGGAAACAUCACUUUGCUUGGCCAUUUCAGCAGCCUGUCGAUGCUAAAAAGUUAAACCUGCCCGAUUAUCACAAGAUCAUUAAGCAUCCCAUGGAUUUAGGAACGGUAAAAAAACGACUGGAAAACAACUACUACUGGUCGGCAAAAGAAGCCAUUGAGGACUUCAACACAAUGUUUUCCAAUUGUUACGUGUACAAUAAGCCUGGCGAAGACGUUGUCGUUAUGGCACAGACUUUGGAGAAAGUGUUCUUGCAAAAGCUCGAAGGUAUGGCAAAGGAAGAAAUUGAAUUGGAGCCUGUGACACCGAAAGGCGGUGGUAAGAAAAAAGCUAGACCAGCGUCAGCCAAGCCAGCGUCGACAAACGCAUCGUUGCAUGGGACUUCGACAACGCCGACUGGUGUUACGCCCAGAGCUGCUGGGGUAGCUAGUGGACGACCGUUAUCAGCGAUGGGGGGUACCGUUUCUUCAUCUGGCGGAACACCAGGAUCUACGACAGGAAUACCACCUAUAUCGACGAUUCCUCCACAAACUGUACCGGGAAGUACGAAUACAACUACUACAGCAUUAGCAUCAGGAACUCCUAGCACACUACUGCCGGGAGCGAAUAUCCUUCCAGCUGGUAGUGUAGCUAGCCAUGUCUCACUGGUUGGGUCGGGCGUUACAGCGGGUGCCGUUGCAGGUGCAGUUGGAGUUAAUUCCAUUGAUGGCAAUGCCGCCGGAGUUAUUGGGGCGAACCCAACGGCCAUUGCCAACACAGCGGCAGCGGUACCUGCGUAUCAUGUAAAUAGCACAGCAGCGGGCGUUGAAACUGUUAUACCACCUCAACAACCAGCUAAAAUGAAGAAAGGAGUGAAGAGAAAGGCUGACACCACCACGCCCACCGCGAAUGCAUUUGAAUCGCCCUAUGCACAAAUCGACUCCAAGAGUGCAAAAAUCGCAACGAGGCGUGAGUCUAAUCGGCAGGUAGGCAAAAAGGAUGCUGGUUACCCCAUGUCACCAAUGGGUGGUGUUGGGGGGGUUCCUGGUGUAGCUGGUGGGACAGUGGGGGUUCCUGGGUCAGCGAAGUCGAAAGAAAAGCUGUCAGAUGCCUUGAAAUCCUGUAAUGAGAUUCUCAAAGAGCUCUUCUCAAAGAAACAUUCGGGGUACGCUUGGCCCUUUUAUAAGCCAGUCGAUGCCGAACUGCUUGGACUUCACGAUUAUCACGAUAUUAUUAAGAAACCAAUGGAUUUGGGCACUGUUAAGAGGAAGAUGGACAAUCGCGAGUACAAAAGUGCACCUGAGUUUGCUGCUGAUGUGCGAUUAAUAUUCACCAAUUGUUACAAAUACAACCCCCCAGAUCAUGACGUCGUUGCUAUGGGCCGUAAACUUCAAGAUGUCUUCGAAAUGCGCUACGCCAACAUACCGGAUGAACCGGUGGCAAAUGCUCACGCGGCUGCUGUUGCAGCAGCGGCCCAUCACGGCUAUGGUAAGCAUGACGCAUCAGAAUCAUCUUCCGACGAGUCAUCAGACAGCGAAAAUGAGUCGAACUCAGAUGAGGAGCGUAAUGCCAAGUUGAAGAUGCUGGAAACAAGACUUCUUGACUUGCAAGAGGAAAUGAGGAAAUUGAUGGAGGAAGCCUCUAACAAAAAGAAGGCCAAGAAGAAAAUGAAAGAAAAGAAAAAGGCUGCUGCCAGUGGAGCUAUUGGUGCCGGUGGCAUGGUGCCGGCGACGGGUGCUGGUGCAUUAGCAACUGGCGGCGCCGGCGCCGCCUCUGGUGUAACUGGUGCCAUACACGGCCACGACAUGUCCACCGCGAUGGCUAUGGGUCAAAUGGCUACAGGCGGUAAGGGAUCCGCUAUGACACCGGGGAUGGCGGGGUCAGUUGCAGCAUCCACAGGAAAAGGUGCUAAGAGUAAAGGGCAACGUGGUCCUAAGGCGGCAAAUGCAGGAGCCGGAAGUUCCAGCGUUGCGGCCGGAGGUGCUUCCAAACGUACCAAAGGAAGUGCAGCGGCUGCGGCAGGUGGUGGUGCUGGCUCUGGAACUGGAGCGAGAGGUCCAAAUAAAAAGAAACCAACUACUCAGGCAAUGGUAUUCGAUUCGGAGGAAGAAGAUACCGCCAAACCUAUGUCAUACGACGAGAAAAGGCAACUGUCCUUGGAUAUUAAUAAACUGCCGGGUGAUAAACUAGGACGUGUUGUGCACAUAAUCCAGAACCGAGAACCAUCGCUGCGCGACUCAAAUCCAGAUGAAAUAGAAAUCGAUUUUGAGACGUUGAAGCCCUCUACAUUGCGAGAGCUGGAGAGCUAUGUCGCGUCUUGUCUACGCAAAAAAACCCGUAAGCCUUACUAUAAAAAACCCUCUGGUAAAUCAAAAGAUGAACAAAUGGCCGAAAAGAAACAGGAAUUGGAGAAACGUUUACAAGAUGUCACCGGUCAAUUAGGUACCAGCAAGAAGACAGCCAAAAAAGACGAAUCAUCGAAUAAAGUGGAAGCUGUUCAACCUGCAAAUCGCCCAUCAUCCAGCUCUAGUUCGAGCGAUUCCUCCUCGUCCAGCUCAAGCGAUAGUAGUUCUAGCGAUUCAAGUGACAGCGAAGCAGGCGACGUCGAAGGUCCACCGAAAAAGAAAAAAACCCGCGAUUCCAACGGCAGCAAUGUAAAUAAUGCUGUCAUAACGACACCAACUAGUGCGAGUGGGUGUACAGACCCCCCACCUGCGGGUUCGUCGACAGUAACAGAUCCAUCUCAGACACUGAACACGGUCUCCACCGCUUCGAGUGCGGCUUCUGGAGGAGCUGGAGCCUCGGCAAUUAGCACCCAAGCGACGUUGCUGGGUUCAAACAGUCAAGCAAAUGCCACUGCCACACAAGUGGGGGUGAUAGGAAUGCACAAUAACAGCGCCGUCUCUCUGUUGUCCUCAGCGAAUGUACCAGUUGCUGGAUCCCAACAGCAACAUCAACAAGUUCCCGGAAUCAUGGGGGUAAACACACCAACAUCGAUGGGAACUGUCACUGCUGCGACAUCAAAUAGCAACAGCAACAACACUUUGUCUGUGGCAGCAGCUUUAAAUAACAACAAUAUAAAUCCUAUUAAGACACCUUCAGCCACACCUACUUCAGCAGCAGCAGCAAUUCCACCCGCCGUUCCAACAACAGGAACAUCAUCUACGUUAGGUCUAUUUAGUAGUGUAAGUUCUGAAGUUGGAAGUGCAGGAGGUGGUGGUGUAGGUGGGGCCAACGGUGGUGGCAGCACAAAUGGACCAAGUGACUUGACAAUGCCGCCAAUUUCGGAUGCUGGUGUUAAUACUGCAACGGCUACAGCAGCAACCGCCCUCACUACCGCAUUGGGUGGCGACGGCGGCGGGUCUGUUAGCGUGACAAGUGCUGCCAGCGGCACCAGCACUGUUACGAACACCAGCAAUAGUGUAGGAGGUGGUAUCCGCAUUGCCAGCAAUCUUCACAAAUUACCUUCAGACGUGGCCGAAACAGCAGCUAGCAUAGGUGGGCCCGCUGCCACGUCGCAAGUUUCAACUGCGUCGUCUUUGGCUGCGGGUCUUAAACAAAUUCCGCAGUUCGAUGAUCCCGUCGAGCAGUCACUUGCUUCUUUGGAACAGCCGUCGCUGUUGGCACCACCACCUGCUAGUAAAAGUGCUGCUGAUAAUUUUCUAAUGGCUGCUGCUGCGGGUAUUAAUGCGGCUCAUUUAAUGCAACAGCAAUCAUCAGUGCAGCAACAACAACAACAACAACAACAAGUGUUUGGAAGUGGACAAUCACAACCUCAGGCGAGCCAAACACAUGGCGGUGGAAACAAUCAGCACCAUGUAGAAUUUAUGAAUGAAUUGCUGUCGAAGGGUGCAGCUUCUGCAGCAGAAAAUGUCCCCGGAAUGAAUGGCAACCACUUUCCAUUGAUGCAGUUCGGCUUAAUGGAAGGCCUGAAUUCCAUGAUGCAACAACAAUUCCAACAAGCCGUUCAACAUCAACACGCACAUAACAAUGGGUAUAAUAUGGGCGAUGUGGCAACUUCAAACGCCCUCGACAGCCUCGGGUUAAGUUUGGGUCUAACGCACGGUGGCGGAGCGGGAGGAAGCUCGAUUUUUGAUCAGCUGCCCGGACGAAACGAUAAUCAUUUGCUGGCCAUGAUGAUGAGUGGCGGAGCAGCUGGAAUGCCCAGCAACUUGUCUCUUGGUGGUUCAACUGUCGCAACAACAGUACCGGGAAUGAGUGGAAAAAAAGACACUAGCUCCAGCAGCAGCAACGGUGAUCAUUCGCAGCAGCACCCGUCGAACAAAUUGCUUAUAACACCUAAACCGAUCGAAUCAAUGAUGCCAAGUCCCCCGGAGAAAAAAGGUCAACAUGCACCUCAACAGACGAUAGGUGGCACAGUCGUAGCACCACCCCUACAAUCGCCAUCCGAUUUAAAAAUACCCUCAACAACAGCUGCAGGUGCAGCUGGCAAUCAGGCCAUUUACGCCCCGAAUGUGAAGAAUCCUAGUUCAUGGUCAAUACUCGCCGGCUCACCGCAAAACACUCCCACCUCGAACAAAACCAAACCGGCCAUGGACUCAUUCCAGCAAUUCCGCAAUAAAGCCAAAGAAAAGGCCGACCGUCAGAAACAGCUAGAGGCCGCUGAAAAGGAAAAGGAGCAGAAACGACAGAAGGAGGCCGCCGAGAAGGAACAACAGCGAAAGCAGCAUUCAAAGCCCCCGCUCCACAUGGUCGGUGGAAGUUCCAAUUCUAGUAGCAGCGGCAACGGUAAUGGUAGUACCGGUCCAAACAGUCUUACCGGUUCUCACCAUCAAUCGGUGAAUGUUACGAGUGGUGUACAGCCACCUCACGCACAUGGCGGCAGUGUGACCAACGCGCAUUUAGCUGCAUCCAUAAUCGAAUCUAUGGAAAGCGGGAGGAAAAGCGUACACGAUAUUCAGCCGUUAUCGCGAGUGGUCGACGAUAUAAAGGCUUCGCCACAAGGUUGUGGUUCACCAGCGGGCACAGCACAACAAUCGCCACAGGACCGGGCUGCAGCCAAACGAGCUGAACUUAGGCGCAUGGAACAGGAACGGAGAAGACGAGAAGCGAGAGCUGGCCAAAUCGACAUGAAUAUGCAAAGCGACCUAAUGGCAGCAUUCGAAGAAUCGCUUUAAUAUAUGGCUAAAUAACUUCCACGCCGAAUCCUGUUGAAUAUAUUUCCU